GCAGUGUGAUACAGAUCUGAAAAUGAAGGCUUGCACCACACACACACACACACACACACACACACACAUGCACACACAUGUACACACACACAGACAGUUGUUUUUCCUUUUUUUUAGAUUUCCUGUCUGCUGUCAGACUGUGACUCAUUGCGUCAAACUUCUUCCUCGUUUUUCUUUCGAUUGUGUGAGUGUGUGUUGUGUGUGUGUGUGUGUGUGUGUGUGUUGUGUACAGCAGUGGGGAGGAGGAGAUAGAUGAAGAAUAUAAGUGUUUAGAUGGAGGUGGUGGUAAUGGUUGAAGGUUGGAGAUGUUUGCUGAUGAGUGGAGAAGAGCGUUAAUGGAGCGAGCUGGUGUAUCAGUGUGGAGCGGCGUUCUUCUGCUCGUCUCCACUUCCUUUUACUCAGGCCUUCACGCAAGCCCUGCAUCAACUCAGCGUUCGUUUGUUCUGAAUAAAUUGUGUAAGUUCUGUGAUGUGAGAGUGAGUGAGUGUAACAACUCCCAGCCUCACUGCAGCUCUCACUGUCACAUCACCGCCAUCUGUGAGAGGGACGAGGUGUGUGUUAGUGCAUGGCACAGACAGGGGGAGAACGUAACCGUGGAGACGAUGUGUCAUGACCCGUCUGUGCCGUUUCAUGGUGUGAAGCUGGAGGACUUCAGCAGCAGCGAGUGUGUGAUGAAGCGUUACCCACAACUCGGCCCAGACUUCUACAUCUGCUCCUGCAGCACUGAGGAGUGUAAUGACAAGCUCAUCUUCUCCACAGAGCCGUCUCUGAAACCUCCUCCCUCAGUGCUGCCCAUCGUCCUCUUCAUCCUGGUUCCUCUGGCUGUGCUGGUCCUGGUGCUCCUCUCCAUGAUUUACUUGUGCUACGCCCACAAGUUUUACUCAUCCAAACUGAAGGCUGAAGACUUCAGUGACACGCGUUCCAUCCUCACCAUCAAGCAUCAACAUUCGGACAGCGUCUCCAAUUGGCUCAAUCACAACACCGAACUUCUGCCCCUCCAUCUGAAUGAGAUGGUGGGAAAAGGACGCUUCGCUGAAGUGCACCGCGCCCAACUCAGCCAGAAGAGCGAGAACGGGGUGUUUCAAACGGUCGCUGUAAAAAUCUUCCAUUUGGAGGAGUUCCUGUCCUGGAGAACAGAGCGGGAGAUCUUCCUGGACGCAGAGCUCUGUCACGAGAACAUCGUCCACUUCCUGGCGGCAGAGAAGCGCAUGGUGGAGAGGCAGCUGUGGCUGAUCACGGCUUAUUACCCUCGAGGAAACCUGCGAGACUUCCUCAGGGAACAUCAGCUGGAGUGGGCAGAGCUCUGUAAGAUGGGUGGAGACGUGGCAAGGGGUGUGGCUCACCUGCACAGUGACUGCACCGCAGUGGGUGGAGUCAAAGCACCGAUCGCUCACCGAGACCUGAAGAGCGACAAUGUGCUGGUGAAGGACGACCUGAGCUGCUGCAUCUGCGACUUCGGCCUCAGCAUCCGACUCGACCACAACAUGAGCACUGAGGAGCUCGCUAACAGAGGACAGGUGGGCACAGCGAGAUACAUGGCCCCCGAGCUGCUGGAGUCCAGACUGAACCUGGAGAACAUAGAGUCCUUCAAGCAGGCAGAUGUUUACUCCAUGGCUCUGGUGCUGUGGGAGAUCACGUCCAGGUGCACUGCCACUGGAGAGGUGAGAGAGUAUGAGCCACCAUUCGGAAAGUUGAACCAGCCUUGUAUCGAGAGCAUGAAGGACAUGGUGAUCAGAGACAGAGAGAGACCUGAGAUCCUGCACAGCUGGAGGACACACCCUGGUGUGAGUUUGGUGUGUGAGAUGAUUGAGGAAUGUUGGGAUCAGGAUCCUGAGGCUCGGCUGACGGCUGCAUGCAUAUCUGAGAGAUUUAGUGAGUUCAGCGAUACCACUUUCCUCUGCAGCGAUUCCACGCACGAGGAUAAAAUGGCCGACACCCCAGAGAGGGGGUGGAGCUAGUCAGCUUCCAUCUCUGAUAGACGGAGUUGGACAGAUUUCUAUAUACAGGCUUUCACUUUAAUAAUAUAACAUGUAUAAUCCAGCAGUGUUAUUACUCUCGCCAUUCCUGUACUGUGAAUCGUCAUUAUAUAUCACAUAAAGCUCCUUGACCAA